AAACUGGUCAAAAUUUUAGUGUUGUUGUACUACCAGCAAUUUGGCAAAACACAUUUUGUAUUGUUUUUAAAUUUUUGGAGUAUUUAACAAUAGGAAAAAAUAAACAUUUAUCAGUGAUAGUAAAACAAUAGGGGAGUUUUUGCUAGUCAAUAGGAUUGAAGAUUGUAUUGGAAAAGCUUGUAAAAAGAGUACCGAGGAUCGAUUCGUCACCUCCGAUUAAAAAUAGCAAAUAGUUUCAGAAAAUUCGAUUCCCUUUACUCAAAAUGGCAACAGGGACGUGCAAGGUCGCCAAACGACUGUUGACAUGCUUUUGCGGCUGCUCGGAAAUGUCUGAGGAGGAGGUGCGUCGUAUUUAUCGUCUGAAUGCACAAGACACGCUAAAUGACUCGCGAGCUGCACAGAUCUUUCGACGCUUCUUAGAGCAAGAACGUUGUGGCGAUAAAAGCGAAGUCGAAAAUUUUUUGGAUAUUUAUGAAAUAUGCGGAGAAUUUUUAAGGGAGGAUAGCUUAACAUUUGAACAAUUAAAUACACUCAUUGAAAUGGAACUGAAAUAUUAUCUUGAGAAAAAGCUAAAUCUUUAUAUAAUGAUGAUCGAAGAAAAACAAAGGCAAGAUAUUCAUAUACAUGAAAUAGAACGUGAUUUGAAACGAAUACAAGCCGAUUACCGGAGCGAAAUUGAAGCCAGCGAAGAGUACAGAAAUUACAAGCAUGCGAUAUUAAACAAACUGAAACAGGUACCCUGAGAGCCGGCACUAAGGCAGGGGAAGAAAAGACAACGAAAGUGAUAGAAAACCAACUGCCGCCAACAGAUGAUUUCCUAUAAAGAUUCGAAAAAAAAACACAAAUACAUGCCUCGUGUUAAUGUUCCAAAGAUACAUCACAAAGCUUGAUUUCCUUAUUCUUUUUACUAUUUCCAUCCAACACUACCUUUCAGUAUGUAAUCAGCUCAUACAUAGAUGUAUAUGUAUUAACAUACAAUGAAACUAUAAUCUUUCCCAGACUUUGCUUUCUAAAAGCUAUCAGCAUUAUAGAUUGUUUUUCCUACAAUGUGCUUAAAUCUACACCUAAGAGUUAGCAAAUAAAUAUCAAUUUUUUAGUACUUUA